GGAAAGGAAACUAUGCUGUAUGCCUAGUCCCCACCCACCAUUAAGAGUAUAAAAGGACCACGGAGGAAGGAGAGACUCAAACCUCAUCCACGUCCACCUCCAUCAGCUCACCUGCUCUUCCAUCAACUCUCACAGCACCAUGCCUUACAGCUGCUUCCUGUCCAACCUGAGCUGCCGCUCCACCUGCUCCUCCCGGCCCUGCGUGCCCCCCAGCUGUCACGGCUGCACCCUGCCCGGGGCCUGCAACAUCCCCGCCAGCGUGGGCAGCUGUGGCUUGUUCUGCGAGGGCUCCUUCAAUGGCAACGAGAAGGAGACCAUGCAGUUCCUGAACGACCGCCUGGCCAGCUACCUGGAGAAGGUGCGCCAGCUGGAGCGGGAGAACGCGGAGCUGGAGAGCCGCAUCCAAGAGCGGUGCCAGCAACAGGAGCCCGAACUGUGCUCCAACUACCAGUCCUACUUCCGCACCAUCGAGGAGCUCCAGCAGAAGAUUCUGUGUGCCAAGUCUGAGAAUGCCAGGCUGGUGGUGCAGAUCGACAAUGCCAAGUUGGCCUCUGAUGACUUCAGAACCAAGUAUGAGACGGAGCGUUCCUCGCGGCAGCUGGUAGAAGCGGACAUAAACAGCCUGCGCAGGAUCCUGGAUGAGCUGACCUUGUGCAAGGCUGACCUGGAGGCCCAGGUGGAGUCCCUGAGGGAGGAGCUGCUCUGCCUCAAGAAGAACCACGAGGAGGAAGUCAACUCCCUGCGUAGUCAGCUUGGAGACCGCCUCAACGUGGAGGUGGACGCGGCCCCCACCGUGGACCUGAACCGCGUGCUCAAUGAGACCAGGAGUCAGUAUGAGGCCCUGGUGGAGACCAACCGCAGGGACGUGGAGGAAUGGUUCAUCAAGCAGACCGAGGAGCUGAACAGGCAGGUGGUGUCCAGCUCGGAGCAGCUGCAGUCCUACCAGGCGGAGAUCAUCGAGCUGAGACGCACGGUCAACGCCCUGGAGAUCGAGCUGCAGGCCCAGCACAACCUGAGAGACUCUCUGGAGAACACGCUGACGGAGACAGAGGCGCGCUACAGCUCCCAGCUGUCCCAGGUGCAGGGCCUGAUCACCAACGUGGAGUCCCAGCUGGCCGAGAUCAGGAGCGACCUUGAGCGUCAGAACCAGGAGUACCAGGUGCUGCUGGACGUGCGGGCCCGGCUGGAGAGCGAGAUCAACACGUACCGGGGCCUGCUGGAGAGCGAGGACUGCAAGCUUCCCGGCAACCCGUGUGCCACCACCAAUGCUAGUAGCAGCUACUGCGGGCCCUGUGGCAGCUCUCAAAAGCGUCUCUGUUAAUUUAAAAACUUGCACCCUCUUUGAAGAUGACAAUGAAGCCGUUUAGAUCAAGGAUAGGAAAGGUCCCCAGGUCCUGCCUUUGUUAAGCUCAGUUGCCAUUUAGAAACAUUGUCGUGCCAACUGUGAUAUUUCUAGACAUGGAAAUGCUUCCAGACCCAACAAGCAAAGACACGCAUCAUCAACUCCCAAUGUCUGGCAAACUCCUUCCUGUUGAAGGUUGAGUUUCUUUGUUUCUGCAGAUGUCCAGCUCCCUGCAAUCUGAGCUCCAGGGUUUCCUUUAGGCUGUUUCCUGUACUUAUUGUGUUUCCUGCUUUCCUUGCUUCUUCAGUGUUCUCUGGAAUGCAAGGAGGCUAGUUCAUUUACUUCCCAAUAAACUUUACUUCUCUGGCAUA